CAGUCUUCUCCAGUGCGUAGUCGAGACAAGGCAGUGUGCCGUCGCCGUCCAAUAAUAAUACAGUACAACAGCCAGCGAAAGAGAGAGUUCCUUUCACGCGAGUUGCUAUAGUGGCCGAGUUAUUGUGAAUAAUAAUUAUAAUUAUUGUUGUGGUUGCUGUCCAGCAUGGAGAAUGUCGCUGGAAAAGUGGUGACCGCCGUGCAAUUGUAGCAGCUGGUCUGUGCCUGCCGAAAAUCCCUCGCAUAAUUGCCUACCGCCGAUAACGGGGCUGCAAGAUGACGGGUCUCCGACCCCAUCUAUUGACCAACAACCCUGGCAGUGACGACAACUUCUCCGACGAUGAGGGUUCGCCGCUCAAUCAGGAGAUCUAUGGAGGGAGUACACGGACUGUUUCUGAAACGAAAGGAUGGGACGUGUUCAGAGACCUGCCUCCGAAGCAGGACAGUGGAUCGAUGGAGAGCCAGGUCUGCCUGGAGUUCACCGUCAAGAUCCUCAAAGUGAUCGCCUACCUGGUCACCUUUGUCAUCGUGCUCUGCUCUGGCGUCUUGGCAAAAGGCACCAUCUUCUUCAUGACUUCGCAACUCAGACCCGACAGAGUCCUUCCCUACUGCAAUAAAGACUUAGGUAGAGAUAAGCAAUUUGUGGUGAACCUGCCGCCGGAGGAGCGUGUGGCUUGGACGUGGUGCCUGGUGGUGGCGUUCAUGAUUCCUGAGCUCGGCACCCUCAUCCGCUCCAUCAGGAUCUGCUUCUUCAAGUCGUGGCGGCGGCCGCCCUUCAAUGACUUCAUGUUCGUCUUCAUCAUGGAGUCGCUCCACGUGGUCGGCCUCGCGCUGCUCGUGUUCAUCGUGCUGCCCAACCUCGACGUCAUCAAGGGUGCCAUGCUCACCAACUGUGUCUGCUUUGUGCCUGCACUCUUCAGUUUAGUGUCACGCAACACUAAAGGCUGCACGUCGCGGUCGGAGAAGACGGAGGUGUACAUGAAGGCAAUGGUGGAUGUGGUGGCUCUGUGCGCGCAGGCCACAGGCUUCGUGGUGUGGCCCGCCCUCGAGGGUAGUCUGCGCCCUGACCUCUGGGUCAUCCCUGUCUCCCUCUUCUGCAUCUCCUGUGGCUGGUGGGAAAACUACGUUUCCAAGCAUUCUGUGUUCAUUUUCAUGAAACCAUUAUGGAGAGUGAAGGACAGACUGAAAAGAACUCGAUACUUCACUUAUCUAUUCAUCUCUAUAUGGAAAAUCAUCCUCUUCUUUUCCUGCACUCUCGCGGCCGUUUUCUACAGAGGAGAAAGCAUAUCGAAAUUCUUCACGUCGAUGUCCACUGGAUUUUCUGAACACAAAAUUAGGAUAACUGAGGUGCGAGCAUCCUACGGAGGAACGAGCCUCCCUGAUCUGGCAGAUGUCAUUCCAACUGGCGAAAUAAUCGACAUCAACGCUGAGCAGAAGACGGCUCUCAUGGUGCUCACGGUCCACAUCAUUGCUGCCUACUUAUGCUACAUUUUUGGUAAAUUCGCUUGCAAGAUUGUCAUCCAAGGAUUCAGUUAUGCGUUUCCCGUGAACUUGACCAUCCCAGUGACGAUAUCUGUUCUUAUUGCGAUGUGCGGUUUGAGACAAGAAGAUCCCUGCUUCUUCCAUGGCACAAUUCCUGAUUACUUAUUCUUCGAAUCGCCACCCAUCUAUUUCCUCAACGACUUCAUUUCUCGACAACAUGCUUGGAUAUGGCUGGUAUGGCUGCUGUCUCAGACAUGGAUAACCCUGCACAUUUGGACGCCGAAGGUGGAGCGUCUCGCCACAACCGAGAAACUGUUCGUCCUGCCCAUGUACGACGCUCUGCUCAUUGACCAGUCGCUCGGCCUCAACAGGCGAAGGGACGAUGACAAGGACGUCAAAACCGAAGAAUUGGCAGAACGUGAAAAAGAUCCGGACGAAUAUUAUGAGACAAUCUCAGUUCACACCGAUGCAAGCAGCACAACUCCGAAAACAGUGAAAAAGUCUGAUAGUAUAACGAGGAUUUAUGCUUGCGCUACUAUGUGGCACGAAACUAAAGAGGAAAUGAUGGAAAUGUUGAAGUCUAUUCUGAGAAUGGAUGAAGAUCAGUGUGCCAGGAGAGUCGCUCAGAAAUAUCUGAGGGUAGUUGAUCCAGACUACUACGAAUUCGAAACGCACAUCUUCAUGGACGACGCGUUCGAGAUCAGUGACGUGAAUGACGACUGGUGCCAGGUGAAUCGGUUCGUGAAGCUGCUGAUAUCGAUCAUCGACGAGGCUGCCUCGCACGUGCACGAGACCAACAUCCGCAUACGGCCUCCCACCAAGUACCCGACGGUCUACGGCGGGCGCCUCGUGUGGACUUUGCCCGGAAAGACCAAGAUGAUCUGUCAUCUCAAGGACAAAGCCAAGAUCAGGCACAGGAAGCGUUGGAGCCAGGUGAUGUACAUGUACUACCUUCUUGGGCACCGGUUGAUGGAGUUGCCAAUAUCUGUGGAGAGAAAGGAAGUGAUGGCCGAGAGUACCUAUCUGCUGACACUGGAUGGAGACAUCGACUUCCAGCCUCAUGCUGUCCGACUACUUAUCGAUUUGAUGAAGAAGAACAAGAAUUUAGGAGCCGCUUGCGGCAGAAUUCAUCCAGUUGGAUCAGGACCCAUGGUAUGGUAUCAAAUGUUCGAGUACGCGAUUGGUCAUUGGCUUCAGAAGGCAACCGAGCACAUGAUUGGCUGCGUCCUCUGUAGUCCUGGAUGUUUCUCACUUUUCCGUGGCAAAGCUCUGAUGGACGACAAUGUUAUGCGACGAUACACCACCAGAUCCGACGAAGCUAGGCAUUAUGUGCAAUACGAUCAAGGAGAGGACAGAUGGCUGUGCACUCUGCUGUUGCAGCGAGGCUACCGUGUGGAGUACUCAGCGGCGAGCGACGCAUACACGCACUGCCCCGAGUCAUUCAACGAGUUCUUCAACCAGCGCCGCCGCUGGGUGCCCUCCACCAUGGCCAACAUCAUGGACCUGCUCGCCGACUACAGGCACACCGUCAAGAUCAACGACAACAUCUCACUCCCCUACAUCUGGUAUCAGAUUAUGUUGAUGGGUGGUACCAUUCUUGGCCCUGGAACGAUAUUCCUUAUGUUGGUGGGAGCUUUCGUGGCUGCCUUUAGGAUUGACAAUUGGACCAGUUUCUAUUACAACAUCAUACCCAUAUUCUUCUUCAUGUUGGUGUGCUUCACUUGUAAAGCAGAAAUACAGCUAUUUGUGGCACAAAUGUUCUCGACGGCGUACGCUCUGAUCAUGAUGGCGGUGAUAGUAGGAACGGCGCUGCAGCUAGGGGAGGACGGAUGGGGCUCGCCGUCGGCCAUUUUCCUUACGGCCAUGUUGGGCUCUUUCUUCAUAGCGGCCGUGCUGCAUCCGCAGGAGUUCAAAUGCAUUCUGCCGUUCGCCAUCUACAUGCUGUCCAUUCCGUCCAUGUACCUGCUGCUCAUCCUCUACUCAAUCAUCAACCUCAACGUCGUCUCGUGGGGAACUCGAGAAGUCGCCGUCAAGAAAACUAAAAAGGAACUGGAAGAAGAGAAAAAAGCUGAGGAGGAUGCAAAGAGAAAAGCGAAAGCGAGAUCUCUGCUGGGCUUUCUGCAGAACGAGGACAUUGGCCUUGGGAACAACGAUGACGAAGGAUCCCUGGAGCUGUCGUUCGCUGGUCUGUUCAGAUGUAUGUUCUGCACCUACCCAUCUCCGGUCGAUGAGAAGCAGCAGCUCAUGAGAAUCGCUGAAACUUUGGAGGCAAUGGAGAGGAGGCUUGACACUAUGGAAAAGGUGAUGGACCCAAACAGUCAGGUGAUUGGUCGGCGACGCACCACUUCGUCGAGCAGCCGCGGCGACCACCAUGGUGGGGGAGGUGGAGGGGGAGGGGCGCUGCACGCACUCACCGAGGAUCCAGCCGAGGAGGACCAGGUCGACGACAACAGCGACACCGUGUCCACUUUGGCCACUGAACACAGAAUUGAAAGAAAUGAUGAAUUUAAUCCUUAUUGGAUCGAGGACCGUGAUUUGAAAAAAGGACCUGUCAAUUUCUUGUCCGCUGCUGAAAAUCAAUUUUGGAAAGAACUCCUUGAUAAAUAUCUCUUCCCUAUCGAUGAAGACAAGGCUGAGAAGGCGAGAAUAGCAGCUGACCUAAUUGAGUUGCGAAACAAAGCUGUCUUUGCUUUCUUCAUGAUCAAUGCGUUGUUUGUACUAAUCGUGUUCUUGCUGCAAUUGAACAAGGACAGCAUUCAUGUCGAAUGGCCCUUUGGGGUCAGGACCAAUAUCACUUACGUCGAAGAGACAGCUGAGGUAUUGAUCAGUAAGGAAUAUCUUCAAUUGGAGCCUAUCGGAUUGGUGUUUGUGUUCUUCUUUGCGCUGAUUUUGGUGAUCCAGUUCACUGCUAUGUUGUUCCAUCGAUUUGGAACCAUCUCUCACAUUCUCGCUUCGACUGAGCUCAACUGGUGUUUUAGUAAGAAGGUUGAGGACAUGUCGCAGGACAAGCUGCUGGACAAGCAGGCGGUGGACAUAGUGCGACACUUGCAGCGACUGAAGGGCAUCAACGGUGACUACGACAACGACUCGGGCUCGAGUGGCGACCGCGUCGGACGUCGCAGGACCAUCUACAACCUGGAGAAGCAGCGACACAAGACGCGCACCAUUGGCACGCUAGACGUCGCCUUCCGCAAACGAUUCCUACAGAUGAAGAUGGAGGACGGCGAAGAGGCUGCUGGUACACCAGUGCUGGGGCGCAAACUGACGAUGCGCCGUGAGGUGCGCGAAGCAUUGGAGGUGCGCCGGCGCUCUCUGCAAGCGGAGAGACGCAAGUCGCAGAUGCAGACGCUGGGCGCAGCACACGCGCGCAACCCACGCGUCUCCAACGCCGGAAUGAGCGUCAAGGACCUGUUUGAGGGUCAUCCGAACCCCGCCUAUGAGCACGGAGAGGACGACACCAGCUCGCUUCGGCUGCAGUCUGUCGCCCGCAACUGGGCUGAGCUCGAACGGACUAGCAACAGCCAUAUGUGAUUCGUCACCCAAUCGAUACUCAAGUGUUUCGAUGUUGCAACAAAUUAGUCAUCAGCCAUGAUUCUAAAUACUGCGCUAAUGGGAUUCGUGCAACAAAUUACUUAACAACAAUAGUCAGCCAUUUGGUUUAUUUGAAUUGGCCGUUUUCUCCAAGCAAUUCAAAGUGUUGUUGAUGUGACAAUUUACACAGCAUCAAUCGACAUAAGCUGACUGAUUAUUAGCUACUAAUUAAAGCUACAGUAUUUAAAAUUUCUGAUGAUUGACUCUAAUGAUUUUUUGAAGUUGCAACAAUUUACUCGGCAUCCAUUUGAAAAUGAGUUGACGAUGAUUGGAAUAUUCCAAAAAAGAGUUGACGGAUUCAAAUUACAGUUUUUCUUCCAGCCAUUAAAAAUUCUUGUUAAUGAGUUGAAAUUUUGAUGAAAUUGUUCAUUAUCAACAUUCAUCAAUUAUCAUACUCGAAUUGAUCAAUGAUUGAAAACUGGAUUUGUCGUCUCAAAGUUUAUUAGUAAAGAAUGAAACAUGUAAUGAAAUAUUCCUAUCUAAGAAUAUUCAAAUAAAUAGAAAUAUUUUUAUGUGAACAAUGAAACAAAUAACGAAUGAGUACCGUACGAUAAUAAAAUAUGCAGAUUAUACAUUUUUUCGUACUUCUUCAAUAUAAUAAUAUUUUUUAUUUUUUGAAUUAGUUCCUGAUUAUUAACUAAUCUGCUUACUGAAGUAUCACUUGUUCAACUAUCACUGAAUAAAGCAUUAUUUUUUGUAAUAUUCAUAUUAUUUUCUUCAGUAUCAGAUAGCCUAACUCUUUUUAUUGAUACUUAGUGUUUCAGUAGGUACUCUGUGUACCGGUAACAUUUUUCAAUAGUUUUGUACCAAUUAUAUAAAGAUUUCUCCGUUAGUUGGUUACAGUUACUGAGUUUAUUAACACCAUUUUUUUUUAAUUUGAAGUGGAUUGUAACUAACAUUGCGAAUAAAGUAACUGUUCUUCUGCAAUUUAUUGAUUGAUGAACAGUGGAGAAUGUAAUUAGGUACGGUAUUCUUUUCCGAAGUUUUUCUCUGUUCAUCGUUUCUAGAACACAAUUCCCAAUUUCUCAUUUAUAUAUAAUAUUAUAUUAUAGCUGUUCCAAUUAUUGUGUACAUCGUAUUUAAAAUAAGAGGUAUGAAAAUAUUAUUAGAACAACUAAUAAUUAUUCAAAAAUAUAAUGAUACGAUAUAUUGCUCAAUUGACAGAAAAUUACCCAACUUUGUGAUAUGAAUGAUCAAGAGAUUAUAUUGUAUAAUAAAUUACCUUUUUUCUAACUAUUUAUGUGAUUAUUGUCUCAAUUAUAAUGUUUUUAAAGCAUCACGUAUUUGCAUAAUUCUUUCCAGAACUUUUUUGAAAGAAUAAAGCAAUAAUUUUUGUAA